GCCACCCUGACCAACCCUGAUCCCCGCUUGGGAUUUGGAACCCUGCCUCCCUUCCCUGUCCCUACGUGAGAGUCUCCACCAACUUCUGCCUGGGAACUCCACUGUGCACCUUGUCUUGGCCCAGGGCGACCUCGGCAGCUCUGACAGCGAAGACCCCGCGGAGUGCCCGUAGAGGGUUCCCCUGGGGGUGGUCAGAGCCUCUCUGGCUCCUUCUAGAUGGAGGCACCUCCGGAAGGAGCUCUGGCUGAUCGGUCGUGGCCUUAACCUUGUAGCCACUGGUGACCACACCUCCCCUAGCGCAGUGGCUGCUGCCAGCGGCGGCGGCGGGAAAUGCUGUUCCAGCCUGCUCCCCAGGACCCUGGUGUGACUGCCAGGAUGGAGCUGGGUCCCACAACAGAGACCUUUGUGUUGGAGCUGCGAUGUCUUGAGGAUGGGGGUCCAGGGCCUGACACCCUCUCAGGUGGCAGUGGUGGAAGUGAGAGCCAGGAGGAGGAAGAGGCACAGGAGGGGAGCAGCAGCCCACAGCUGCCAGCACUCGCAGCCCUGGUAGGGGCCAGUAACAGCAUUGAGGCAGUGCAGCCGGGACAACAGGACUUGCACCUGCAACAGUUAGAGCAGCAGCAAGAGCUCCUGGAACAGCUGCAGCAUAAGCAGUUGCAAGAGCAGCGGCCUCCCCAUCAACUGUUGGGAUCUCAGCCAGAAUUGCAGCAGCAACAAGAUGGGCAGCCGCCGCCAUCUCAGCUGCAGCAAGAACUACAGGAAAACCUCCAGUCUGAGCAUCAUCAGGAACCAAAACCACAGCUGCAGCUGGUGCAGCAGCUGGGACUUGGACAGGAGCCACAAUCAUUGCAGCAGCAGGGGGUGAUGAUGGUGAAACCCCAGGGCCAAGAGCAACAGCUGUUACAACAGCAGCAGCAAGUGCAACAGCAACAGCUAUUGCAGCAAAGAGAACAGGCUCUGCUGCUGCAGCAGCCAAUGCAAGAGCAAAGACACUCACCGCAGCUUCUCCAGCAACAGCAACUACUGCAAGAGCAGGGACAAAUGCUGCUGCAGCAUGUACAAGAACAAGCAUUGUUACAGCAAGGUCAAGGGCAACAGCUGUUGCAGCAGCAUCAACAGGAGAAGUUACAGCAGCCGCUGCUUCAACAGCAGCAACUGUUGCAAGAGCAGGGACAAUUGCAGCACCAAGUACUGUUGCUGCAGCCACAGGGACAGCUACAGCAGCAGCUGUUGCUGCAGGAGCAGGCCCAGAUACAGUACCAACUAUUGCUGCAGCAAGAACAGUUGCAGCAGCAACAGUUGUUGCAACAGCAGCAGGAACAGCUGCAGCCACAGCUGCAACCUCCUCCACUGGAGCCAGAGGAGGAAGAGGUGGAACUGGAGCUCAUGCCAGUGGACGUGGGGUCAGAGCAGGCGCUGGAGCAGCAUCGGCAGGAGCUAGAGAGGCUGCAGGAACAGCGGCAGCUGCAGCUAAAACUGCAGGAGCAGCUGCAUCAGCUGGAGCAGCACUUGGAGCAGCAGCAGUUGCUGGAGCAGUUGCAGCAGCAGCAGCUGGAGCAACAGGAGGUGCACCUGGAGCUGACCCCGGUGGAGCUGGGCCUCCAGCAACAGGGGCUGCAGCUGGAACUGACCUCUGUGCCUCCCGAGCUGCAGCUGGAGCUGGUGUCCACUCCGGGAGGUGGCGCAGUGCCAGUUCCAGCCACUGUCGUGGUGGCCCCUCCAGGCUAUGUGGUGCUACAAGAGCUCAUGGUGCUGCCCACUGUGGCCACAUCCACCGUGGUGGCCAUGCCGGGCCCCGACGGGAGUGCGACCAUGAAACAGCGGAGGAAGCGACGAGGCAGGGACAGGCCAACCAUCUGCGGGGAGUGUGGUAGGGGUUUUAGCCGGAGCACGGACCUGGUACGACACCAGGCCACACACACUGGGGAGAGGCCUCAUCUCUGCAGCGAGUGCGGCAAGGGUUUCUCACAGCACUCCAACCUGGUGACACAUCAGCGUAUCCACACAGGCGAGAAGCCCUACGCCUGCACCUUCUGCUCCAAGUGCUUCAGCGAGAGCUCGGCGCUCGUGCAGCACCAGCGCACCCAUACGGGCGAACGGCCCUACGUCUGCGGAGACUGCGGCAAAUGCUUCAGUGUCUCUUCUAACCUGCUGCGCCACCGCCGCACCCACUCGGUCGAGCAGCCCUACGUGUGCGAGGACUGCGGAGAGCGCUUUCGGAAUAAGGUGCAGAUCCGCAGGCAUGAGCGCCAGUUCCACGGGGCAGGUCGCUCUCGAGGUCUGGGCCUGCUGCGGUCCUCCAGGUCGGCACCCUCGGGAGCCUCCACAAGGGUCCAGCAGGCUUCUGCAUCCGGGAAGCCCUGAGUGGUGUGAGAGUCAUCCACACCU